AUGGAUGAUGUGUGGAAUGCUAAAGCAUGGAAGGUUUUGAGUGCAUCCCUUCCAAAGGAUGAUAUCACAGGAAGUAGGAUUCUCUUGACAACUCGAUCAGAAGGUGUGGCUUAUGGUGUGGCUGAUCUUCAACCUCUUGGAGAAGAAGAGAGUUGGAUAUUACUUCAGAAAAAGAUUUCCCAACAAGAAUCUUGUCCUCCAAAGCUGAAGGAACUAGGGAUGCAAAUUUCCAAGAAAACUAAGGGGAUACCAUUUGCAAUAAUUCUGGUUGCUGGUAUUCUUUUUAAUGCAGAGAAAACAGUUGAGCGUUGGACGGAAGUGCUAGAAUCGCUAGAACAAACCAAGAUUGGUGGUAACGAUCAAUAUUUGACCAGUAUUAUUGGAAUGAGUUACCAGGAUUUACCAGAUUGUCUGAGGCAUUGCUUCCUCUAUUUCGGAGCAUUACCACAGGAUGAUGAAAUUCUGACAUCUAAGUUGAUCGGGUUGUGGAUUACAAAAGGAUUUGUGAAAAAUAGUAAAGAUUUUUUGGAAUCAUAG